AUGGCGGUGCCGUUCCAGGUGACACCUGAGGAGGCCCGGGCUCUGUUGCGAGAGCACCUGACGGGACACCUGCUGGCGCCCGCCAUUGCUGACGUGGACUCGUCUGUGACCCUCAGUGCCGUGUUCCAACCGUUCUGGACCUUCACUGCUGAUGGUGGGUGCAAGGGUUGGGGGGGGGAAAGCGGGUGUGGUGUGGGGAGACGAGGGGAUGGAUAUGACCUGGAGGUGGCGUACAGGGCGAAUGUGGGGAAGGCGUCAUCUGCCAUGGCGUGGAACCCUUACAGCCGGCGAUGGGAGCAGGUUGUUAACCACAUCGCCACACAGUGUGGCAGGCCACCCCGUGGCUAUCUCGCCCGCUGCAAGCUCCCUCCACCGACCCACUCAUGCAGCUCUACGCUGCCACCAG